AUGGCUGAAAAGGGAAGACCAGUAAGUCCAAGUGGCGAAAGUAGCGAUGAUGAGAAAAGUGUUACGGAAACACCGGCAAGCGAUCUGGUCGUGACGAAAUAUGCGAUGGCCGCGGAUAUCGUUAAUGCCGUCAUAAAAGAAUUAAUAAUGGCUAUAAAAGAUGGUGUCGAAGUAGGCGAAAUCUGUGAUCUCGGCGAUAGGCUUAUGAGUGAGCGGAUAGCAAAAGUUUUCAAGAAAGAAAAAGAUGCCUUGAAAGGUAUCGCUAUGCCAACAUGUGUUUCAAUCAACAAUUGUGUUUGUCAUUUUUCUCCAUUGCGAAGCGACCCGCCAGUUAUUAUCAAGAAUGGACAAAUGGUGAAAAUUGACCUCGGAGCUCACAUUGAUGGUUUCAUUGCAACUACCGCUCACACCAUCGUUGUUGGAGCUUCUCCAGAAAAUAAGAUAAAAGGAAGGAUGGCAAACGUGAUGCUUGCUGCGUACAAUGCUAUGGAAGCAGCAGUUCGCAUGCUUCGUCCAGGGUUGUAUAAAAAUGUAGAAAUUACAGACAUGAUCGAUAAAAUAGCAAAUAUAUAUCAGGUAAAGCCAGUUGAGAAUAUGCUUUCGCAUGAAUUAAGGAAAAAUAAAAUUGAUGGAGAAAAGCAAAUUAUUCAAAAUCCUGGUGAAAAGCAACGUUCUGAAAUGACGAAAUGUAGUUUUGAAAAAUUUGAAGUGUAUGCUAUUGAUAUUCUGAUGAGCACUGGUGAAGGCAAAACUCGCAUUCUUGAUUCGAGAACAACAAUUUAUAAAAAAGUGGAUGAUCUCGUUUACUCGCUCAAGGUCAAAGCAUCAAGAAUGUUUUUGUCGGCAGCAGUGAACAAAUAUGGUCUAAUGCCAUUCACUUUGCGGUCAUUCGAGGAUGAGAAGUUAGCGAAAAUGGGUGUCGUGGAAUGUGAACGACAUAACCUGAUGCGGCCAUAUCAGGUUCUAUAUGAACGAGAGGGUGAAUUUGUGGCGCAGUUUAAGUGCACUGUACUAAUCAUGCCUAAUGGAUUACUGAAGAUUACUGGAUUUCCCAUUGAUCUGAAUGUGCUAGUAAGCGAUAUAAAGAUCGAGGAUCAGUUGAUCACAUCUCUGUUGAACUCCUCCUUGAAGCCUAAAAAAGCAAAGAAGAAACAGAAAAACGAUAAGAAGGAUGAGGACAAUGGUGCUCAGAAGAAUGAUGGUAUUGCUAAGAAGGAACAUAUUGAUACCCAAAGUGCGGAUGUGAAGAUUCGGAAUAUGGAUAAGAAGUCUGUGUCAUCUAGUAACAGGGAGGGUGUAAAAGUCGUACAAGGAAAUUAA